AGUCUUAAUGAGACGGUCUGUCUGAACACUGGAAGCUACAAGCAGAGGAGAAACUGAUGUUAAACAGAAGGGAAGACUGACAGAAAUAGAAAAUGGCUGAUACGUGUGAUCUGUGUCUGCUGGGACUGAUCAUUUAUUAAUAUACAGUAUAAAAUAACACUCUACUUGUGUUUCAGGUAUGAUUGGAGCAGAAAUGACUGAUGUGUUCAUCAGUUCUGGUGAAAAUGUCCGUCUGCCCUGUAAUAAUGCUCUUUCUGACUGCAACUCAACUACAUGGAUCUACUAUAACAGAUUCAGACAUUCAGCAGCAGUUGAACUGAUUGGUUUAGGGAUAAAGAAUAAAGACACAGAGAUACAUGAGAGACUGAGUCUGGGGUCUGACUGCUUUCUGAACAUCAAGAACAUCACAGAAGAAGAUUAUGGAUUUUACACCUGCAGACAAUAUGUGAAUGGAGGAAAACAAGGAACUGAUGCACAUGUUUAUCUGCAUGUCCUUCAUGUUUCAGUGUCUUCAUCAUCAUCAUCAUCAUCAUCCUCACAGACUGAGAUCAGUCCAGGUCGCUCUGUGACUCUCUCCUGUCAGUUGUAUUCUGGAUUCUCCUGUGAUGAUUUGGUCCGUUCUGAGGGACUUCAGCUGUUGUGGGUGAAUCAGGCUGGUGUUGAUCUGACGACAGACUCCAGAUAUCAGAUAUUAUUCUCAUCAGAUCACUGUAUCAUCACUCUGACUACAACACUCCUGAAUGAAGAUGACAACAGAGAGUGGAGAUGUCAGCUUACUCUCAGAAAUCAACUCCAGACCUCAGUCAGAUACACUGUCAAGUAUUCAGAUUGUUCCAGAUCAGAUGAGUGUGAAUCAUCAGAUUGUGUGAAGCUCAAACUCACCAGCUCUUCUUGCACAGAUGAUCUGAAGAAGAAUCACAGUAGGAGCAGCAAACACUGCCAUCUCAACAAUAAUCACAAUCACUGCAGGAAACAUGUGUGGAAGAAGAAGAGAAACUGGACAUGACUGAAGUCAAGGGGAUUAAACUAUGAACAGUUAUUGAUGAAGCAUUUACAGACUGACUGAUAGUUUAAUGGUGUAAAGCUGUCAGUAGAAAUGAAC